AUGAUUACUGUGGCUUUAAUUCUGUUUUAUUGCAGAAAAUGCCUGUGUUUUGACAGGACGGAAAUAAUGCAUGAAAAGCAUUCGAAAGUUUGAUCUAAAUGAGGCUUGAAGUUUAUUCUGAGGUCUAUGAGCAGUAGCUACAUUCACGUGGAAGAUGAGAGGGUUAUCUUCUGUAGGCCUAAAAGGCUUAAAGGCAUUGCAGGUAUUGUCUCUGUCAUGGAAAAGAAAUGCGUUUUUACGAAAGGACAUUAGAAAUUCUUAUGAUAACAGAUCCCUUGGAAUUUUUUUCACUUAAACACAUUCCGUUGUCAAAAAUAGAGGAGAACGGCAUGGAGAAGCAUCAUCCCCUAUAAUCACAGCACCCCCUAUGUGUUGGCUUGCUCCACUUAUGGACACAAGAAGGCAUCUGGAAGUCUUUGUGGGGCAAUAGUACUUUGAUCAUUGAUUCCUCAAGUGCGCAUCCUGUAUGGAUAUCUUUGGCAAAAAUCAUUCAAGAAAGUAGGUCUACAAUGGCACGGCAUGGGAUUAGCGUAUCCUCUCUGAACGUUUUGGCGUCAUCAUUGAGAACUCAAAGGUGAUUGCAGAGUCUGAUGACGCAUUUUGUCUGCAGCUUUCUGAGACGUUUGGAAGUGUAAGAAUAUUUGAUAGCAAAUUGGGGAACACCAUUCGUUGCCACUUUUUUGUUUAAUAGGAACAGAAAUGAAACCUGGAAAAAUAUUAGAACACCAGGAGUUUUUCCUUUUGAAUCAGGAGAGGCAAGAAAGUACAAUUAUACAUUUAUGUAUUGCAUCCUGUGAAUAUUAAGAACCUCAUCUGUGUACUCAUUGAUAAUCUAUCGCAUGAAUACAAAAAGCUGUAACCGCCCAUUGAAUUAUCUCUAGUUUGUGCUGUAUAAUCAUGAAGCUUUAUCUGAAAGUGAUUAAACUGACUUCUCAUGCUUGGUUCUCGUCUUAUAGUCUGUCUUAGCGCCUCUCAUGCUAUAGCUGAAACGAUAUCCAGAUUCCCAUCAAAACUCUCUUUCAAAACUUGGACCCUAAGAUCUUUUUUCCCUAUCUAGGUUCUUCAUCAGGGAAUAAUGUCAAGCUGUUCCGUUAUAACGAGCUUAUAUCAGCCACAAAGCGGUUUCAUCCGAACAAUAAGAUAGGUCGAGGUGGUUUUGGAACUGUCUUCAAGGUACACUGAACCCUCAAUGUUGGUAAUGGUACAUACUUUUUUUUGCGUAAAAAAACUGUUGGCCAUCCUAAUAUUAAUCCACCCUUAUGGCAAUGUUUUUUAUAUUUCCAUACUAUGGUCUUCUUGUUUAAGCCCACUUUAUCAAUCAUAUUUCUCCAUCUAUAAGUCAUCAAUUGAUUAUUUAUCUUGGUCUACUUAUCUGUUGUUCAUUGCCGGCAUUUGAAAGUUAUUGGAGUUGUAUAAGCCCAAGUCAUGUCAACAUCAAGUACAAACUGACUUUAGUUUUCUUCUCAAGUUCUCAUGCAUGACCUAACGGAAGCCAUGUCAUAUGUUACAAGGUUUAUUUAUGCAGCUUGGUAUGUUUUGAAACAUCCGUGGGCUUUACCCAUUCUGGUUUCACAUUCAUCCCGACUUCAGAAUUAAAUGCUGACGCAUGCCUCUUGGUGUGGAUUCCAGGCUCCCGUAGAAAGGGUAGACCAAUAAAUCCCUUCGCUAGGCCUGAGGGGAGUUUUCCCUUCUCUGAAAAUACCUGCAUUAAAUACGACUUUUUGUGCGCUGAAAAUCGCGUGUAUUUCUGAUUUGUUGUUAGAUGUUUGAUGUUACCAGUAGAGAUGUUAUCUUGUAUGAUUAUUAUUCUAGAAGAUGCUCAUGGUGGAGCGUUUUUAAGAAUAUUCACUUAAGAAUGAUAUCUUGUAUGUUAUCUUGUAUGAUUAUUAUCUCCUGAUGAAUAUUCUCUAUUUUUCUUCAGGGAACACUUAAGAAUGGAAGACAAGUUGCAAUAAAAGUGCUUUCUUCAGAAUCAAAGCAAGGGGUCAUGGAAUUUUUUUCUGAGAUUCAUGCUAUCACAAAUGUUAAGCAUGUAAACCUCAUCGAGCUUCUGGGUUGUUGUGUUCACGGCGAUGAAAAGAUUCUGGUCUAUGAUUAUGCAGAAAAUGGUAGCCUUGACCGUGUAUUCCUAGGUAAGCUAAAGGGUGACCAUCUUCUUGACAUUGUGUCUACUUUUUUUUAGUAAUUUUGUUGUUUUCUUAUUAUUUUGACUUGCAGGUUCAGGUGGUGAGAUGUCAAGCUUGGAUUGGAGUAGAAGACGUGCCAUCUGCAUGGGCACUGCCAGAGGUCUGAUGUUUCUUCAUGAGGAGCUUGACCCACCAAUUGUGCACAGGGACAUAAAAGCCAGCAAUAUCCUACUUGACAAGGAUUUCGUCCCGAAAAUUGGAGACUUUGGGUUGGCUAAGCUUUUCCCACACACUAUUACCCACAUCAGCACUCGUGUGGCUGGAACUACGUGAGUAUUCACUCCAUCUCUGAUCUGAUUCUACAUCACGGAUUACUUUUCUUUUUAUACAGAUUAUGCCCUCUAGCAUAGCCAUAUAUGAAGUGCUGAGUAAAGUCGUGGAUUUUAUUUAUUUUGGUCUUUGCGUUAUUAAAAUCGUGAAGGAACAGGUGGGAGACUCGUGGGUGAAAGCUAUAUAAUAUGUUGAUAAUCAACGAUUCCCCUUCUCAAGUAUAUGGGUAAAACUUAGUUAGUUGCCCAGUUCAUGCUUCUAACAUGAGGGAGCCACCUAAAGCCUCACCCAAAAUUUUCAAAGAAUUUAGAUGAAAAGGGAAACGGAUAUACCAAAUGUUGGUAUCAUGCUAGGCAACUACCACAACUAGUGGCAGGAAAAGCCACUAAUUUCCUCUAAUUAGUCUGAAGGUACGCUAAAGUAUCCUCUAAUUUCUGUAUUAUCUCCAACAAAAAGUAAGCUAAAGAAACUAGUUUAGUGGAGGUAACCGUUGAUCAGCUUCUUGAUCUGUAAAUGGUGAAUGAGUAUUGUAGGAAGAAAAAUCGUCGAAAUUUUAAUUUUCGCCAAUUAAAUAUUCCCAGGAAAUGUAUAAUUCACAAGCUUGGUUCCUUGUUGCUUAUUCUGCCCAUAUCUUGGGGGCUGAUUUUUUGGUUUAGUAUUUAAAAUAUAAGAGCGCAUUAGUUAACGAAAAUAUUUUCUUAAUUUUAUUUCAUGACAACUGUGGAUCCGUUACUGGCUCAUGAAUUUUAUUCAACUGCUACAAAGUACAAACUUACGUAUUCACAGUUCAUUUGCUUUUUUUGUAUUUUAAUUCUCUGGAAACAUCUUCAAUUUUGACACGUUUAACCAUCGCUUUAUUCUUCUUGCUUUCCAAAAUCCACCUUAACAAAAUUAAAUUACUCUUUAAUAUAGUGGUUACCUGGCACCUGAGUAUGCAAUGGGUGGUCGAUUGACUAAGAAGGCUGACAUAUAUAGCUUUGGGGUCCUCACGCUUGAAAUAAUCAGUGGCAGAAAUAACUGCAGGACGUCUUUGCACGGAAUGGAAAAAUCUCUUCUGGAAUGGGUUAGUCAUUUUUUUCAGCUAUUCCUUCUUAGAACUUUGUCACCACUUUCCAGGCAUGGUUUUAUUAAAAAGUAAGUGUUGGUCAACUGCUCAGAUAUUGAGAUUACCUGAGAAAAAUAGCAACUUUGUUGUGCAUUAUAUGACGAUCAGUAUGGAAAAAACGGACAGGUGUCAUUGCCUCAUCAUUUUCUCAUCCUCGGUAAAUCAUUGCCAAAAAUUCUAUUUUCGGAUGGAUAAUUAUUAUUUUUUCAAAAUUCUCAUCCAGCUCAGCUGCUUUUUGACUGCAUCUGGAAAACCAGGUUUUUUUGAGCUCUCUGGUUCAAACCACGAUCCGAACAUUUCCUACCAAACUUUUUAAUCCUUUUUAUUUACUUUGCAGGCUAGAACAGUUAAUUACAUAAUUUAAUUUUUUUCUCAGAUAUGGUAAGGAUAUUAACUAGUAGAGACUAUUUGACUAUGAAUCUUGAUGGAUUUGGGCCUAAAUCUACGGCUGAUGUCGUUUGGGUGGUGUCACAACAUCGGCUGGUGCUCAAGAUUUUAUUUUACCUCUAGAUUAGUCCAGUUUAGUCAGGAUUCCCAAGCUAUGCUCCUAGCUUGAUGCAAGCUCUCCUUUCCCCUGCCGGAUGAAUCAAUGUGCAGACGUGGCAGCUCUACGAGGACGGGAGGCUGAUGGAGCUGGUAGACCGCAGCCUCAAGGAGUACCCUGAGGAGGAGGUGCUAAGGUUCACCAAGGUGGCACUUUUCUGCACCCAGGGCGCCGCCAGGCGGAGGCCCUCAAUGUCCCAGGUCGUCGAAAUGCUGUCCGAUCGCAUUGCGCUGAACGAGGAGGAGCUCACUGCCCCGGGGCUCUUGCUGAGCGCGGAAGAGAGAGGAGCCCAGGAGCCAGUCAGUUUGGCACGCUCCCGGUUCAAAUCCUCCUCGAACUCCUCCACCCAGUUGACCUACGGGCCCGUGAGUUUCACAGAGAUAAUUCCCAGGUGA